AUGUAUCUGGGAGCCCUCCUGGCCUCCGGGGCCCUUUCGGGCAGCUUGAACGUUCUGAGUUCUGCCCCCUGCAGCGCCCACCGGGAGUUCAUCCUGCUUGGCCCUUUGCCUCCGUCCUGGGCUGCCUCUGAGCGGAGCAGCAUCCGGAUGCUGGCAAAAGCUACCUUCAGGCGAGUGGUGGUCUUGAUGGAAAUGGAGGUUCUGCAGCCGGGUCACGCCGUCCCCGCCAAGAUUGGAAACCCAGUCCCGUACGUUGAAGGAGCUGGGCAAGCAGGGAGGCAGCCCACGGCCCCCAGCCCAGCAACCGGCCCUUUCCAGAGCAAGCCAGUGGGGCUCCAGAGCGGGGCUCCAGAUGCAGGGGCACAGUACCCCGGCUCUUCCAGACUGCUGGGGAACGCAGGGGGCUCUGGCAUCCUGAGCACUCCGGGGGGAUCUCAGGUCAAAGUGGUGCCCAUCGCCAGCUUGAACCCUUACCAGUCCAAGUGGACCAUCUGUGCCCGGGUGACCCAGAAGGGCCAGAUCCGCACCUGGAGCAACUCCCGGGGGGAAGGGAAGCUCUUCUCCAUAGAGAUGGUGGAUGAGAGCGGUGAGAUCCGAGCGACGGCCUUCAACGACCAAGCGGACAAGUUUUUCCCUAUCAUCGAGAUGAACAAGGUCUACUACUUCUCCAAGGGCACCCUGAAGACGGCCAACAAGCAGUAUUCGUCUGUGAAGAACGACUACGAGAUCGCCUUCUCCAACGAGACGUCCGUCGUUCCCUGCGAGGACGCCCAGCACCUGCCCUCCGUGCAGUUUGACUUCGUGGCCAUCGGGGACUUGGAAAACACAAACAAGGACUCCCUCGUGGACGUGAUCGGGGUCUGCAAGAGCUAUGACGACCCUCAAAAGAUCACCAUCAAGGCUUCCAAUCGGGAGGUCUCCAAGAGAGAACUGCACCUGAUGGACAUGUCGGGCAAGACAGUGACAGUCACUCUCUGGGGUGCGGACGCGGAAAAGUUCGACGGCUCUCGGCAGCCGGUAGUGGCCAUCCGGGGGGCCCGAGUCUCGGACUUCGGGGGCCGGAGCCUCUCCGUGGUCUCCUCCAGCAGCCUCCUGGUGAACCCCGACUGCCCGGAGGCCUUCAAGCUGCGAGGCUGGUGA